AUGGCUGCUACAGCCUUUGCGGCCCCGAGCUACCUGCAAAUCAACUCGCUCGCAAACCCUCUCGCCGCCCUCAAUGCCAUCACCACCUACUUCAACCUCGUCGCCGACAAGGUACCAAAUGCCAAAUCCACCCUCGGCUCGCCUCUCACGUGUGAUCUCGCCAAGGCCGUGAUGCCCACCUUGCCCGGCCUGCCCUCGCCCGCCCCCGGUUCCCAGCUCCGACACGUCGCCGUCGGCCGCGGCACCCAAAACUACACUUGCGACGGGAACCCGUCCUCCAAGCCCAAGGCCGUCGGCGCCGUCGCCACCCUCUUCAACGUCACCUGCCUGGCCUCCAAGUACCCCGACGUCAGCGGCCACAUCCCCGGCAUGGCCGUCCACUUCGACUUUGACGCCUCCGCCUCCGCCGCCGCCGCCGCCGACACGAGCGACCGCCUCGGCCCGGCCACGCUGCUCGUCUCCGGCCACCACUACUUCACCGCCGCCGGCGUCCCCUUCUUCGACCUCGGCGGCCAGGGCCACAUCCCGUGCGCCAAGAACGCGAGCGCCGACGCGCCGUCCACCGCGACGGUCGGCCAGAAGGGCGAGGUCGCGGUCCCCUGGCUGCGGUUGCUGGCGACAAAGGACGCCACGGAGGGCCUGGGUGAGGUCUUUCGCGUGUCGACGGCCGGUGGUAGCCCGCCGGAUACGUGCAAGGACCUCAACGGUCCCUUCCAGGUCGAGUACGCUGCAGAGUAUUGGUUCUGGUCAAAGUGA